AUGAACAAAGACCUCUUCUUUCUCACCAUUGUCGUAGCUCACCUUAUCUUGGUUCAAACUUCUCCUAAAGAUGGACAGAAGUUAUCUGACUACUUGUGGGAGCAAACAGCUGAAUACCAGCAACAAGCCCUGAACUCUAGUCUGAUAUACGGAAUGAUGGAGAGAUGCCUGGACCCAUCUGAGUUUGGAGGCUACAUGAUGGAUGAUACUCUCUACUGUUACGAGAAUUCGUUGAUUCUCAAGAAAGCCGGGGAUCGUUCCAAUGACAACGCUACGCUCAAAGAGUUCAUGGAGUCCAAGGCUGAUAGUUGGGAAGAAUACUGGGAGUGGCUGAAGGACAUUUGGCAUGUUGAGAAUGCUGGGGGUAUUAAGAUGGGAGAAGCCGGUCAAGCGUACGUGGAUCACAUCAGAAAUGUGUCUGAGAAUGAAAGUCCUGUGUAUACCAUCCUGGCGCUGACACCCUGUGCCAAGCUAUGGCCUUGGUUAGGCAAACAGAUCGGAUCUGGAAGCAACGAUUUCGGAGUUUACACUUCUUGGGUGGAGGAGAAUCUUGUCCCAACCAGUACCGGAUACAUGGAAUACCAAGAUCAAGUGGAAUGGGCUUACGAGGCAGGAGUAGUCACAGCUGAGAAGGCUCUGGAAGUUUUCACCGCCAGUAUCCAAAAUGAGGUUAACUUCUUCAACUCUGUCGCGAGAUGCCAGCCGGCUGCAGCUGACUCCAGUGCUUUACCUUGGAGUGGAACUAUCUUGUUCACCCUUUUCUUCGCUACCGUUGGAAUGAUGAUUGAUCAUUAGAAUUCAGAAUUUCAAUGUUACAUAUUAUUUCUUUUUACUUGGUUGUCUCUUAUGUCGGAACCAACCCGCUGUAUUUGU